UUUGUUGUUCUUAUGCUCCGGUCACGAGCAGCUGCUGCCAAGUGAGUUCCGGACUCAGUGCUAAAAAUAUCCCAUGACCCAGGCAGGAAGGGCCACCGGGGACACAGCUGCUCCUGGGGGCACUGGCAGGAGCUGUGGUGAGACCCACCCACAGCAGUUGGGGGCGUGGUCCAUGUGCUGGGAAGGGGUGGGCACUGAGCUCACAGUCCCUGAGGAAAGGCCCCGCGAGGGGUGCCACAUGUUAUCCACAGGAAGACACAGCGCCUCCAGCACUCACCUCGUUUCUGCUUCUUGCCAGCUGUUACCACGGGCACGUGCUGCCUUCGGAAUAAAAUACAUCUAAAAAUUGAGUGUGUGGGGCCCUAACAGAAGGUAGCCCGGGCGCGCUGCACCUCGGAUGAGGAUUGGCCGAAGACAGGAAGGCGGGGUUUGGAGGCAGGUUAAGAGCACUCGGCGGUCGGACCACGCGUUCCUGAGAAGGUUCAAUGGCGUGGCAGGGGAUGGCGGCCGAAUUCCUGCAGGUGCCGGCGGUGACGCGGACCUACACCACAGCCUGCGUCCUCACCACCGCCGCCGUGCAGCUGGAGUUCCUCAGCCCCUUCCAGCUCUACUUCAAUCCGCACCUCGUGUUCCGGAAGUUACAGGUCUGGAGGCUUGUCACCAACUUCCUCUUCUUCGGGCCCCUGGGAUUCAGCUUCUUCUUCAACAUGCUCUUCGUGUUUCGCUACUGCCGUCUGCUGGAGGAGGGUUCCUUCCGCGGCCGCACGGCCGACUUCGUCUUCAUGUUUCUCUUCGGGGGUGUCCUUAUGAUCCUGCUGGGGCUCCUGGGCAGCCUCUUCUUCCUGGGCCAGGCCCUCACAGCUAUGCUGGUAUACGUAUGGAGCCGCCGCAGCCCCCGGGUGAGGGUCAACUUCUUCGGCCUCCUCACCUUCCAGGCACCAUUCCUGCCCUGGGCGCUCAUGGGCUUCUCAAUGCUGCUGGGCAACUCAAUCCUCGUGGACCUCCUGGGUGAGCCUGCUGUCCAUCCAGCCUUCCCCAAGCAGGUUGUCAGGGACCUGAGGGUCUGCUUGGCCAGAGCCCCCCGUCCACCUGCACUGGACCUCUCAUCUGUCCCCACCGCCUCUUCCUGCCCUCAUGGCUACCCUGUUCUUCCAGCCCCUCAAACAAGCCAGCCUAUCGGGUUUACUUCUUCAGGCCUCACCUGCUUGCUGAUGCUUGUGUAGGUUCUGGCCCAGGUGGGGAUGGGUGGGUCAGGGUUCCUGCUUCAUGGCUUCCAUUCCUCCCAUGUUCUCAGGCCUGACCCCCUCCCAGGACCUGCCCUCUUCUGGGCCAAUCCUGGCCCCACCCUGGGCUGGCAGUCUGUGUAGGACAUUGGUCACCUGUGCUCUGGGGCCUUCAGGGCUGAGCUGGCCAUGGGCUCUGGGCUGUGGAGGGUGGCUUCAGCAGUUGGUGGCUCU